AUGAACCAAAACUUUUUACUCACAGACAAUACAGAUACCACAACAAUUUUCAUGUCUAAUGAAGCAACCGUUAGUCUGCUAAAUGCAACUGCACAAGAAAUCAUAGACGGCUUUCCCAGUCAAGAUAGAAAAACUUUACCUAAACCUCUCGAACGUUGUAAAUGGUUGACAAAGAAUGUCUAUGUAGAAUGCACAAAACUUUCUUCCAUCAAAAAUAUCCGUUUCACAGUCACCACAAUCAAAGACAUAAAAACACCACAACCAACAAUAUUAUCAACACAAAAAACACAAACUACACGUUCAACACCAAUGGAACAACAAACCACAACAACUAUGGAGUCCCUCACCCCUACUAAAUCACGUGAAACUGGAAAACGCUUCCAAAUGGAAGAUACAGAUACACCAAAAAAACCACGUCCAAAACAAGAAAAAUAAAGAAACCACGGCGAAGUAGAUGAAGGAACACAUGCCAAAAAGCAAUGAAACUAUUUGAUCUUAUCAUAACAUACUUAGAGUAAACCUAAACUCUCUUUUUAUAGCUUUAUGUCCAUAUUAUAAACUACAAUCCACACAUUAUGUUUAUAUACAAUAAUCGGUAAAUAUUCAAUAAAACUAUGUCAUAUUCUGACAAUAAUUGUUUCUAUAGAUUUGUUUGA